AGUUUGCGUUGGUGGUUAGGAGAACUUUUCUCGCUUUCUCCAGUCCCCUGCAACAUUUGCUACAUUUUCACCUUUAUUUUGUAGUUUUUGUUUUAUUAAACUCUGGGGUCCAUCAGAGCACAGCCUGAGGGAGGAAUGGCUGAACUGGUGAGAAUCCGUAAAAAAAGGCUUCAGGUACCCAUCUCUAGGCUGCGGUGCAUGCUGAAACAGCUGGAGGAGAAAGACGUUGACUUUGAAGAAAUCAAAAAGAAUCUGGAUUUCACUGCAUCGUUGCUGGAGGCUGUGUAUCUCGACGGAACAAGACAGUGUCUGGACACUGAAGAUGACCUCCAGCAGCUCCAGUCGGACGGCGUGCCUUCAGAGGUCACAGACUGGCUGGCCUCCACAUUCACUCACAGGAUCCGGCGCCCUGUGCGACGUUCUGAUGAGAAACCCAAGUUUCGCAGCAUUGUCCAUGCAGUGCAAGCUGGGAUAUUUGUGGAGAGGAUGUUCAAGAAAGCCUACACGGCAGCCAUGCCAGACCAACCUGCAGCGGUCGUAAACUGCCUCAGGGAUGUCGACCGCUGGAGCUUUGACGUGUUCGCCCUGAACUCGGCCAGCUGCGAUCACGUGCUGCAGACUUUGUUCUUUGAACUGGUGACCAGAUAUGAGCUCAACAGUCGCUUCAAGAUCCCCAUCUCAUGUCUGACUGAAUUCCUAUCUGCGCUGGAGAGGGGAUACUGUAAAUACAACAACCCGUACCACAGCCACGUCCACGCCGCCGACGUGACUCAGACUCUGCACUGCUUGCUGCUGCGCUCUGGACUCGUGCACUGGCUGACUGAGCUGGAGGUGAUGGCAUCCCUGUUCGCCGCGGCGAUCCACGAUUAUGAACACACAGGAACUACAAACAACUUUCACAUCCACACAAAGUCAGAGUUUGCAUUGAUCUACAAUGACCGUUCUGUGCAAGAGAGCCAUCAUCUGAGCGCCGCGUUUCACCUGCUGCAGGACGAGCAAAUGAACAUCUUUACCAAUCUGACCCGGGAGGAGUGGAUGGAGCUCCGAUCGCUUGUCAUAGAGAUGGUUUUGGCCACCGACAUGUCCUCCCAUUUACUCCAAGUCAAAGCGAUGAAAUCCUGUCUACAACAACAAGAAAGGGUCGACAAGGCCAAAGCGCUCUCUCUCUUACUGCACACAGCUGACAUUAGCCAUCCGUCCAAGCCCUGGGCGCUACACUCUCGCUGGACCAAAGCUCUGAUGGAGGAGUUUUUCAGGCAGGGCGAUAGAGAGGCGGAGCUUGGCCUUCCCUUUUCUCCUCUGUGUGAUCGGAAGAGCACCCUGGUAGCCGAGUCCCAGAUUGGCUUUAUAGAUUUCAUAGUCUAUCCAACGUUUUCUCUGCUGACGGACAUGGCAGAAAAGAUUGUUAUUCCUUUGGUGGAGGAGAACCCCGGUCCACCAGAUCCCUGCAACAGACACAGUAAUCUUUGGAAGGAGAGCUCGAGAGGUUUGCAGUGGAGUCUCGCUCACAUCACGGCCGAGCUGGUGAGUUUUCGCUCCACGUGGACGAGACACACCGAAGACAACAAGCUGAAAUGGAAGGAAAGCGGCUCCAAUGGAUUUUCAGAGCCCAGCGUGACAAGAGAACAGACAUCCAGACAAGACGUGCCGUCAGAAAAAUCCCUGCAAGACCUCACAGCCAACGCAAAACCGUAGACAGACGUUCAUUUGUAAUACUCGCUUGUUUUGUAGGAUAUCUGCAAAGGUUAACUGAGGUUUUUGUAUAAAAAAAAAAAAAUGCUUGUUUAUAUAAUGUUGGGAGGGGGAGUAGUGGGGAAGGGUGGUUUAAGAAUAAAAUCAUCUUCCCAAGGUAAGAUGUAGCAUAAUCACAGAAAGGUCUUCAUGUCUUAUUCCAAGUGUAAGUAGGCUAUAUGACCGUAAUUUAAAUACGAAGUGCACAUGCUGGUCAUGUCCGGUGGUUUAGUCUAUGUCUAAUUUGACGCCUAAACACUUUUGUAGUUUGAACUGUACACCAAUCGUUUAACCUUGCAUUAAAAUGAUGAAGAAGUCACUUUUGAGUUUGUGUGAAGUCUGUUUUCCCAAAACUCAGAAACAGGUUAAAGCACACCCUUUGGCCACAGAUGUGACAAUAAAAUAAUGUUACUCACAGAUAAGGAAAAAAAAAAGGACAAACUUGGCUGGUGUUUUUGGAAAAAAUAUUAUUGGAUCAUAAAAUAGGACAGGUCACGAAAGCAUACUUUAAGAUUUUGUAUUUAAAGACAAUCCAUAAACAGAAAAACAUAUAGCUUUGACACUUAAAAAAACAAAAC